AUGGUGGUUAUCACGUGUGCUGUGACACUGUCAUUAUUUGACGCGUCUGUGACCACCUGGACUCUUUCACUUUUGACCAAGAUGGGGACGCCAGAGAUGGGCCGCUACCUCCGCCAGAUCGUCGACAACUCGUUCGAGGAGGGCCAGUUUGAGAGUGCAGUCGCGAUGCUCGACCAGCUGCGCGCGCCAGUCCACAGACCGUCCAUCAUCCACAUCCUCCACCUCGUCUUCAUCGCCCUCCACCCCGUACACGAUUCCCAGCUCAACGACGAGGACCGCUACGACCCGGCAACCCUCCUCGCCCAGUCCCCACGAAAGAUGAUAAAGCAGACCAAGGCAUCCAUCAUCCUCUCCUCCGCCGCCGUCCUCGCCGCCCGGCGCCUCCUCCUCGCCUUCCUCGCCACGAACGGUGCACACGCCAUCGGCCCCGCCUUACCAUUCUACCCCGAGACGAAGAACGAGGUACCCAUGGAGUUCGAGUUUGGGGAGAGCCCUAUCUUCGAGCAGGCCGCUGCGAUCAAGACGUCGACAAGGAGUGUCUGGGAGAUCCUCAAGUCCGGGUAUACGUCCAGGGCCGCGCAGCAUUUUGGUCUGGGCUCGCCCAAGGGAAAGAGGAGGGAAAGCACGCGCGUGCGGUUUACUGCCGAGCCUUCCUUCAGCGACGUCAGGCAGGACAUCCAAGUUGUGGGCGACGACUCGUGGUUCGUCCUCGAAUGGUUGGUGACACUCUUCGAGAAGGACGCAGAGGAGACUGAGGCACAAGGACAACCGAGAUAUUCACCACUCCUGCUCAAGCAGCUCCCACCGCCUCCAAUGGGCUCAACCACACGCUGGGACGCGUCCGAGCCCGCCAAAAUCGUCUUCUACGCCUUCCAACAGCCCGACCUGCGUAUCCAGAAAGUCGGUCUGCGGCUCCUGCUCCUCCUCAUCGACCUAACCCAAACAUCCCUCCUCAACCUACCCGCCCUCGCAUCCACCGUCCUCGCCCAAAUGACCUCCUCCAGUUCCUCUUCUUCCUCAUCCUCUAAUUCUCCCUCGCCCCGCACUCGCUCCCGCAAGACCCACACUCCGAGCCCAAGCCCCGCCCCAUCCACCGCCCUCGCGUUCGCCUCCUCCUUCGACACGCUCUUCGCGCAUCUCCCCAGCUCACCCGCGGCGCUCUCGUUCAAGCUCGCGCUGUGUAGGAAGAUCAUCGAGGACGCUGCUUCACUCGCGUCGACGGAAACAGAUGAGGACGCCGGCAGGGCUGGGGGCUGGAGUGGAAAUGGGAAUGGGAAUAGGCCGAGAGGAGCGGCAGGGACGGGGCAGAGCGCGAUGAAGAGGCCGAGGGCGGUACCUAGGCCGGUGACGAGGCAGCGCACGAUGAAGGAAUCGACGGACGCGUCCAACUCUGGUGCAGGCGUGCCGUCGAGCCCGACGAUGUCAAAGACUGCCAGUUCGUCCUCCUCGAUAGCACCGCCGCCUCCCCUUUCUGCCUCGUCGACCCUCGCGUCGAUCGCACCUUCGACCUCUACUUCAACCACGGCCACUUCAGCCUCGCUGCCCGUGCGGCCAAAGACGUUCGUCGCGCGCCUCCCGUCAUGGACCGAUGUCGUCCGGCUUGCGCGUGUCUCUGUUGACGUUGCUCCUGGUCCUGGUGGCGCUGGCGAGCAGCCUUCCGCCAAUGGAAAUACUCAUACAAACGCCAAUGCAAAUGGGAAGAAACGAGCAGGCCGCACCAACGCCCACGCCCGCAACCCAAACCUCACGAACCUGACGAUCACGAACCCAAGCAGACCAUGGACGGCCCCCUCCGUGCUCGCGCGCGUCAAGUUCGAGAUGAUGCUCGCCUAUGCGGUCGUGCAGGUUAUGCGCCGCGAGGUCUCCUCUACCUCACCUCCCUCUGGUGCACCAACUUCAAACGGCGCGCCGGAUCCAAGUCCUACCCUCGACGACCCCCCAGACCCCGCCUUCCUCCAGUCGCACACAGACGGCUCGUACGCUGCGCUCCUGGACGACGUCUUCGCUCUGCAGGGCUCGAACGAGGAUGAGGAGCGUCUUGGGUACGUGCUUGUGUUGAGGGCGGUCGUUGGGAUGGAGGUGGGGGUGGAGUGA